GGAUGUCGGCUGCCACGCACAUGGCGCUGCCGGCUCACGCCAUCGUCCCGCCGCCGCCGGGAACGCCACCGGUGGCACUGGGGGGCAGCGGGUGCUCCAAUCUCAGCCUGCCGCCGGGCAAGCGCGGCCACAAGCGCAGCGUUUCGCUGGAGAAUAACGCCCCGUUGACGCUGCGCAGCACUCCCAGUUUGGGCCACCAAUCCUCGCUGGGAUCGCCGCUGCUGCAGUUCGGGCUGCAGGCUCAAGGUCACGGGCAACAGCAGCAGCAGGCCUUCCACACGGGCACGCUGAAGUCGCGCCAGGAGCAGCGCCGGCUGAGCCAGAAGUUUGGGAGCCACAGCAACCUGGAUGACGAGGGCGUGGGAGUGGGCUUCCAGAUGCGCAGCAAGUUCCAGAACAUCCGUCAGAUGUUCGAGCUGAGUCGCAGCUGUGUGGGCGGCGGCGGAGGAGGCGGGGGAGGCGAUGGCAGGGGGGGCGGGGCCGAGGAGGAGGCAAUGCAAUCUCUGCCAGCAACAUUGCCGCAGCAGCAGCAGCAGCAACAGAGGCGGACCACGCCCAUAGCCGGCGGAAGUCGCCAGCAGCAACAACAAUUGGGCGAGGCGGAACAGACCAGCGGCAACUUUCUGCGACCGAUCGCCUUCAAGCCGAUUCCAUUUGAGCCGGACUAUCGCAUCGCCUGCCAGCAGCAGCAGCAGCACCAGCAGCAAUUGCAGUUGCAACAGCAGCAGCAACAGCUGCAGCUGCAACACCACCAACAGCAGCAACAGCAACAGCAGCAGCAACAACAGCAACACCAACAGCAACAUCAGGCGCUGCCGCUGCCGGCGGAGGGCGGGACUGAGCGGUAUGGCUACGGAUCGACUCCGUCACUUGCCCCACUGCCCACCGCAUCAGCCCAGAAAUUUGGCAGUACCACCGAUCUGCGACAUCUGGCCGCCCGGCGUCGCAAUCAUCGUUUGCUGCAGCGUUCCAGCAAUGAGGAUGCCCUGACCCUUGACCUCUUGAGCACCGGAAGCCACGACAGACCCGAUGGGGCCAGCAGCAAAAGCAGCGGCACAGUGGUGGGCAGCAGCGACCUGACUCCCUCGCCCUCGGAUUCCGGGAUCUCGGAACUGGAGGCGGCCCUCAAGGAUCGCGACUCGGAGCUCUCGUACCUGCGACAGGCGAUGGAGCACAAUGAGAAAGACAAGGAGGUGUACUGGGAGCACGAGACGCAGCGCCUGAGGCUCUUCUACGAGGGCCAGCAGCGCGAGUGCCAGCUGAAGCUGCGCAAGAUGGAGCAGCUAUUGGGGCUGCAGCAGUUCCAGCUGAAACAGCACAAGCUGCGCCAGUCGGAGCAGGUGAAUCGGCUGCAGCAGCAGCUCGAUUUGGCCAGGGACUCCGGCCAGGGGCUGCAGCAGCAGGUGGACGCACUGCGUCACCAGCUGGAGGACAGCGAGUGGCGGGUCUGCGAGCGCAACGGGGAGAUAGCUUUACUCAAGACGCAGCUCAAGGAGGCGCAUCUGGAAAUCAACAUGAAGGAUCAUGCGAUUGUCAGCCUGAAGCACAGCAGCAACAGGAGCAGCAACAGCAACAUUAAGUCCUGUGAAUCAACAACACCAAGCCAAAGUCAACCAAAGCAGCAGGCGAAGGAGGAACAGCAACAGCAGCAACAUCAGCAGGAAUUGCAACAGCAACAGAAGCCACAAAAUCAGCCCGACCAGCAGCAGCUGCAGAAGAUCAUCGCCCUGAAGGAUCAGGUGAUCGGAGCCCUUACCAGCGAACUGGCCAAGCUGCGCAAGGAGCUCUCCGAUCUGGCCAUUGCCCAUGAGUACGGCGAGGAGCCGUGUGGCCGGUACACUCGGCUCAAGCAGCAGCUGGACAACCUGAACGAGAUCUGCCAGAAGACGCGAAAGUAUGCCACUGCGACUCCGGCUGUUAGCCCGGAUUUGGCGCUGCCCAAGCUGGAUGUCCUGGUGCAGCGAUUGCAACUGGAUCAGGGACAGGGAUCGGGACAGGGAUCAGGACAGGCGGGACAGCAAACGCUGGACACCCUCAUCGAGGAGUCGACCACGUAUGCCGAGGACAUAGCCAAGCUGCGCCAGAAACUGGACGAUUUUCGCCUGAAUCUCGAGCUGGAAAAGCGACAGUGGUGCGCCGAGAAGGACAAGGUUUUGGGAUAUCAGAAGCAGCUGCAGGCCCACUACAUUCACAUGUACCAGAAGCUGCGCUGCCUGGACAGCGGCGGCGGCGGCGGCGGCGGAGGAGCAGCACCUGGACCAGUGGAGACCCACACCAAUGGCCAGUGA